AUGCGAGCUUCCGACAAGGUGGCCAUUAUCGGCCUCGGGUGCAAGGUCCCUGGAGCAGAUAACCUAGAGGAGUUAUGGAGACUUCUAAAAAACGGUGAAAAUCACGUGAUUGAGAUUCCGACAACCCGUUGGCACCAUGAAGCUGUUUACGAUGAAGACUUCAACACUCCAGCUAAAACUCAUGCCAGGAAGGCUGGGCUACUCAAAGACCACCUGGCCUUCGACAACAAGCUGUUCAACAUCAAAGACGUGGAGGCCGAUAUCAUGGACCCACAACAAAGGUAUGUGCUGGAAUGUUGUCACCGUGCCCUGGAGGACGCCGGCAUCACCCGGGAUCAGAUCAAGGGCUCUAACACAAGCGUGUUUAUAGGUGCCAUGAACACAGACUAUCGGAGCGAAUUCAACUCCACUUCGUUUGUCCCAGACAACUACGCUGUGACUGGAGUAGCUAGCAGAGCCUGUGACAUGGUCAUCUGUGGUGGAACCAACUCUAUUCUCACCCCAGAUGUAUUCAUCCACCUCAGCAAAGCUCGGAUGGUUUCUCCCAAAGGCCAGUGUUUCGCCUUCUCCGACCAGGUGGAUGGGUACACACGUGGAGAGGGUUGUGGGGUCGUCAUCCUCAAACGACUUCAUGAUGCCCUAGAGCACAAGAACAAAAUCUGGGCUACAAUAGAAACUGGCUGUAAUCAAGAUGGUGGAACUGUAACGCCCAUGUCAAAACCAUCUGAGGAGCAGCAGACAAAACUUCUACAAGAGGUCUGGAGCAAAUCCCAGGCUGACCCCAGCCUUCUAACAUAUAUUGAAGCUCACGGAACUGGGACACCUGUCGGUGAUGUCGUUGAAGUCAAAUCCCUGGGCACAUUUCUGAAGAGAAACCAGGUGGAGAGGUCUCGGUACAUUGGCUCUGUGAAGACAAACAUUGGGCAUCUGGAAUCUGCUGCCGGGGUGGCAGGUCUGAUAAAGGUUCUACUGAUGAUGAAACAUUCCAAGAUUGUGCCUUCUCUGCAUUUCCAGAGACCAAAUCCAGCCAUAGAUUUUUCUGGCUACCAACUGAAAGUUCCCACAGUAUUAACAGAUUGGCCAGAUGUACACAAAGUUGCCAGUGUCAGUUCUUUUGGGUUUGGUGGUACAAACUGCCACGCAAUCAUCGAGAGUCCUGAACAGCUGGGAAGUACCGAACAUGACAUGAAUCGUCCUGCAAUGCUCAUAAGUCAUGUUCAACAAAGAGUUAUCAAACAUGGCAUAAAACAAGGGAGUAUCGUCUGUUUUUCUGCAAUGAACAUGGAGUCACUCAAGGGCAGCAUGAAAGACUUCAUUAAUUAUCCAAACGUACAGUCCAUGAAUAUUGAAGACCUGUCGUUGACGUCCACCAAACAUCGCGACCACUUCCCUGUACGCCAGGCUUUCGUGGCCAACACUACGGAGAGUUUACUAGGCCAAGUGGUGGAUGAAAUGACGAAGGUCAAGCAUGAUUCCACAGAUGCCAGAAAGCCAAAGAUUGUGUUUGUCUUUAGUGGAAUGGGGACUGCCUGGGCUGGCAUGGGCAGAGACUACAUGUCUACCAGCAAGGUUUUCAGAGAUAAGAUCAGGGAAAUUGACAAUUAUCUGAAGGAGUAUGUUCCAUGGUCGGUUGAAAAUCGCUUAAGCACAGAGAAGGAUACAAAUGACGAGAUUUUCUGGCCGAUUGCAAUAUGUGCUUGUCAGAUAGCAACAGCUCAUCUAUGGAUGAGUCUGGGUGUCACCCCAGACUGUGUCAUUGGUUACUCCGUGGGUGAGGUCGCUGCUGCUCAAGUUGCUGGACGCCUGUCACUGCCAGACGCCAUCAAAGUCAUCUAUUACAGAACUAAUCUCCUGGCCGAACUUGCUGGAGUGGGCAGGAUGAUCUUGUUUAAAGGGGUGGACAUCGAAACGAUUGAGGAGAUUGUCAGCAAGUGGCCAGGCAUGGCAAAUGUCUCCACUAGAAUCAGCCCAAAGGCAUGUGCGGUCAGUGGUGAGAUAGAAGCUGUAGUUGAUGUGGAGGAAGAAAUCAAGAAAAUGGCAAAGAACCAAAACUUGUCGAUUACAAUCAUUGACCUCAAGCUUCCUAUAGCCUACCACAGCCACUGUGUGGACAGCUGUAAGCCAGAACUCAGACAGGCACUCAGUGGUGUCGGACUUUGUCCACCAGGAGUUCAGACUCAGAUGAUCUCUACAGUAACCGGUGAUAUGGUGGAGGGUCCCUUGACUAGUGAAUAUUGGGCCAACAAUGUCCGUGAACCGGUGCAGUUCUUGGACGCUGUAAGGAAGUCGUUUGAGGAUGGGGACAACACUGUGUACAUAGAAGUCGGAUCUAAACCAAUGAUGACCGCUCACAAGGAUGACAUAUUUCCCGGGAAGAAUGUCGAGGUGGUUGUGUCCAUGCGCUCCAAGGGAAAUUGGAAAACAUUUCUGGAAGCACUAGCUAAAGCUUACACACAUGGCUGCAGUAUGGACUGGAACAAUCUACCCUCGUCUGGAAAUCUGGUGACAGAAGUUCCCCGCUACAGCUUCAACCUCAGAAGAUGCUUACACAGUUCAGAAACAUCAUCUAUGAUCAUGGCAGGAAUCAACUUCUUGAAACGAGGACACCCCUAUGUAUGUAACAUUGAGUCUACGAACACAUACAAGGUUUUCUUGUCAAUGGCAACUUUCCCAUCAGUCUUUGACCACAACGUGGCAGGCAGUCUCAUCGUUCCUGGAGCAGUUUACACUGAAAUUGGAUUUGCGAUCAGCAAACAGAUGCAGUUUAGAGACGCUGCCCAUUACUCAGUCUCUGCAACCUUCGAGCAGCCAUGUCGCUUCUCAGAUAAAACACCUGUGGUAUUUAACUUGGACAUAAGUUCACCACAAACACAGAGUUCAGAAUGUCUGUCUAAGAGCUACAGAAUAGAUGUCCUGCAACAGGAGACACUGUAUGCAACACUGCAACUGCAUCCCCUCUUUGCUUUAGAGGAUCACCCAGCCAUAAACAUCCCACAAUUGGAAAUUAGAUGUUCACAAAGUUUGGGGAAACUGGACAUUUACAAUGGACUGGUCAAGUUCGGAUUCCAUUAUGGCCCUAUGUACCAGCUUUUGCAUAGUGCAAAAAGAAAUACUGAUGAAUGCAUUGCAGUUGUGAUAGUUCCUGAUGGACUAUUUCAUGAAAUACCUUGUACCACAAUUCAUCCGUCAAUUCUUGAUGCCAUGAUACAGACAUAUAUAAUAGUGAUGGAGGAUGAAAACAAGAAAGAAGUUCUUCCCAUCUCCAUAGGAAAAGUUACACCUUAUAGAACUUUUGACAAGCAAAUGUUCGUCUACACGAAAGUCAAGGAUAGGUACGGGGACAUUGUCAUAUUCGACAGCAAGCUGACAACACUGGAUGGAGACAUCAUUGUAGACAUGGAGGAUCUCACCCUGAAAUUCUUGUCUGCAGAGACCAGCAAGGAUGAACACAGCACAAAGCACAUCUCCAGAAGUCACUGGGUGAUGAAAGUACCAGACUACCCAUACACUCAACAAACAGAUUCACAGAUUCUGUACAUGAGCAAUGAAUCUGUGCCUCCUGAGGUGACAAGUAUUGAAUACAGUAUCGAUGAAGACUACAGUGACACAGUCACGCAGCAAUUGGACAUGCUAUCAAGAAACCACAUUCUAGGCUCGUUCCACUUGAUUAUUUUCAACAUUAGUUUCACGUUUGAUGAAUCUGCAGAAGCAGCAAUGAUCCAGUCAAAGAUUGUAAACCUCUGCAUGGCCCUGAAAAGUGUCUUCUGUUUACCUCUAAAAAUCCCGGUUCAUGUUUUUACAAGAUGGGCCCUCCCUGCUGAAUAUUCAUCGUCCAACAGGGACAACAUCAACCCUGUAAUGACCUCAGUCUGGGGAAUGAUCAGAAGUGCCCUCCAGGAACAGGCCGCAAACAUUUCUGUGUUUGACCUCCACUUGCCACGGUCACAGUGUUCUCUGGAUCGUCUGACUUCUAUCUCUAACUUUGUUUACAAGAAUGAGCACCUGCAACGAUUCAGUGAGUGGCUGGUCACAGACAGUGAGAUGUUCGUGCAUGAGAUCAUUCCACUUUCCAGCAACAUAGUUCCAGUCUUCAGGCACAUCUCUGCGGACAUGCACAAGCAUGUCCUGCAAGUGUCGACUGGACCUUUUGGCUCUGCUGACAGAUUCUGUGUUUAUGACGAAAGUGAAAAACGCGACAACAGUACAGACCACUUACUGAUCAAUGUGAUCGAAACAGUUCUGUUUCAUCCAAAAUUGUUUAGUAUGUCAGUACCCUACAGCACCAUGGUGCCACACAGGGGACACUUGGGGAAUGGCUGCGUUGUCUUUGUUCUAGAAACAACAGGGAAACAAGACGACACCGGUAUAGAUGGAGGUCAACAUGAAAUUAUCUCAUGUUACCCAUCUCCUGUCGGAUCCCAUAUCUCAGUGCCUGCUGAAGCUACUAUACCAAGGGAGAUGUUCGAGGAUUACUCACAUGGUGACCUCACAACGCUCUCUUUGCUGAUGUCCCUGUCUGACUACAUCAAAGGUAGCUCCAUUACAAUCCUUACAUCAUCAUCUACAAGAGGAUUCAGCCAGAUUCUUCAGGAUAUGUUGACUUUCAAAGACAUGUCUCACCAGACAAGAAACAUUGAAUGUGUAUCUCAAGAACAAUUACAAAAUGGGCAGCGGGUACAUCAUACAGUUGUAUCACUGGUUCUGUUGGACAGCAGCCUGAUAGAAAUCCUGAUAAAACACUGGCCCCAAGCUGAAUGUCUUAUCACAGUGGCGCCUCUUGUAAGUUCACAUGUAAAGUCCCUUAUGAGCUUCCACUUACCACAUGUAGAUGUCAUCGUGAAGGACCCGUCUGAGAUCUUUCAGCCAAGGAAACUACUGGAGUUAAUUCCAAAAGUGAAAGAGUUUUUGUCUUGUCAGAGAUCUCAGGUAUCCAAAUGUCUGAGAGGAGGGGACAGACUGACUCAUAGAUUUCCUGAAGUACCAGCUGACCUCAAUGACCUGCUCAAAGUCCAAACUGUCAAGGUCAAUAGAUCAAGUGUCAGAGUUGACCAUCAUUUCUUGUUUAAACGAGACGCCGUGUACAUUGUUGUGGGUGGGUUGACAGGACUGGGCUGGGUUACCGUCACGCUCCUGACUUCGCAAGGGGCAGGUAAUAUCGCUAUUUUAAGCAGAACUGCACCAGGUGUAGACAAGAACAUCGAAAUAAGGAAGCUGAGUCUGUCAACAUCAGCCACCAUUAAAUGGUUCCCGUGUGAUGUCUGUGACAUCGAUUCAUUCUCACAGUUUCUGAAUGUCACAAUAACCUCAGAAUUUCCCAACAAGCCUCUAAAAGGGAUCUUUUUUGGAGCGGCUUUUGGAAGCGAUGCAGUUCUCAAUAAUGUCACUAGAAAAAGUAUGGAACGUGUUUUAACUCCUAAAGUUUUAGGUGCGUGGAAUGCGCAUUUGUUGACUGAAGGCAACAUUCUGGACUACUUUGUCCUUCAGUCUUCAACUACCUCUAUUAUAGGAAACUUUGGACAGACCAGCUAUGGAACUGCAAAUGCCUUUCUUGAUGGCCUGGCCAGUUACAGAAGACAUAGAAAUCUGCCAGGUCAAAGCAUCAACUGGGGCGCACUAACUGUUGGGAUGCUGGCAAACAAUGAAAAGGCCAAAAAAAGUCUAACAGAAAAAGGAAUGAAACUUCUCACAGAAGAAGAGAUUAAGUCCAUGAUGAAUCCUAUCCUCCUGCUGGACUUUGCUCAGAUCAUUGCCUGCAAUUUUGACAAAGAACAAUGGCGAAGGGAUCAACUUAUUACUGUACAUGGUUCAGCUUCCUAUGAGAUGCCUGUCACAGAGGAACUUCGUCAGGCCCUACACACGGCCCCACAACUACCACAGCAGGACAGAAUCCAUGUUUACAUUGGCCUGCUGGUUGUUUUGGCAGCACAGAUCAUCGGAAUUGAUAAGUCCUUGUUGCAACCGGACUCAGCCUUGCAAAACCUGGGCAUGGACUCUCUUUUGGCAAUGUCCAUCAGAAACGAAGUGUUUAAGGUCACACAGUGUCGUCUGCCAUUCUUUCUAAUCCUGAAUUAUAUCUUUGAAGUCUGUGGAUCCUGA